AUGGCAGGUACGGCUCUAUACCCGUCGAGUACGGGUGAGCAGACUGCGUUGACGUCGGAAUGGGCAUUCAUGGGAACGCCGAUAUGCCCGCUGUCUCUUGAUCAGCUAGAGGAACAGCUCUGCAGGGAACAGCCCUGGCUGAGACAUGAUGGUCACACAAGUUUGCCUCCCCGUCUGCUUCUCGAAGCCGCCGCUCGAGCAGCAAAAACAGAAGCUCGCCGCGCCAGCGGAGCACUUGCGAAGGCGGAAAGGGCUGCAAGAAAUGCUCGGGCGGCAGCAGAGGCACAACACAGGCGCGCCGCAGAUGCAGAAGAAGCGGCCCGGAUAGGUUUGGGCGCAAAAUCCCUUAUGGAAGCUGCAGCAGCGGCUCAUGAAGCGGCAGAGAGGGAGGCUGUGGCGGCCGAAGCAGCGAAAGAAUUGGCACAGCGCUAUCACGAGGCAGCGCUUUCUAAAAGCCUGGCGGCUCGGUAUUUUUGGGACGGACAAAUGAAUGACGAAGACGAGCUGCAAAGGCAGCUGCAACAGGCAGCCUCAAAGAGCGCUGGCCGCUCGCCUAUUGGUGGUUGGGUUCCUGGCACUUCGAAUACAGCGCACUUCCAAGAUGAUAGCUCUGAAGGCUUUACAUGCUCCGAUUUCACUUCCUCUCGUUCGUCGCGCGCAGCCCAUAGAGUCUCUCGACCUGAGGACUUCAUGGACCAGGAAGAUAUGGAGCAAGCGGCCCGCGGAGCGCGCAAAGCUUGGCAUUCUGGGCAGCUGCAACACCGGCACAACGAGUGGGAGAGCGGAGCAGAAGCAGCGUCAUCUUCAAAGGGGGAAAGAGAACACGUACUGCGGUGGUCGCGGGUUGAGUCGCGGAGAGAGGGCCUGCCUGUCUUCGUAGGCACUGGUAGGCCAGAAGUGGCUAGCGGCGUAUAG